AUUGCACAAAGCAGGAUCAUUUAUGAGAAAUAAAGUUAUUCCACGUUUGUCAUUUCACUUUGUCUUGCUUGUGUUUUGAUAUGGUAAUCGGGUAUUUUCAUUGUGUAUAUGAACUGCUGUGGAAUUUUAAAUAAUGCUAGUGGCAGCCUGCUUUGUAAUUGCACUCUGAAGGAAAGGCAAAAGACACCGUCCCCGAGGUGCUCUUUCACCCGAGACUCUUUAAGCUACACUUAUUAAAGCGAAAAGUGUUUCAAUAUGUGGCUGGUCUUAGCAGGAACGUGUAGGGGGCUGAGCUUAUAUUUACUUCACUAAUGCAUGUAUAUAUUUAAAACAACAAUAUAUAUACAUAUGCAGGCCUACUGUAGCCUAUAUGUUGAAAUUCAAAUGAAAGAAAAAGAAUGGAAAGAGGAGAGCAAUAAUGUGUUAAACUGAAUUAUUGCGUGUGUAUCGUAAAUACAUUAUUAUUAUUAUUAAUAGACUAUUGCUGUUUUACUGCCAUCUUUAGUCAACAUUCUGAAGACAAAUAUGGAAAUGCAGGCCUGUGCAGUCAAUAGAAAAACUAUUUUUGUAACCUGUGGAUGGAUGAAAGGUAUAAGCUACAAUUCUUCAACGAAUAAAUGUAGCUCUGUUUAACUGUGCCCCAGUCGUGCCCCUCAUAAGCUCAUGAACCAGAUCUGACCUCUCUGAUUGGUCUGGAUGUUCUUUUACGGGGUGGAAAGCAAAGUGGCCAAAGUACUCACAAUAGCUGUUGCUUCGUUGAUUUUGUUUUUAUUUAUUUAGUUUGCGUCAAUAGUGUAUGCACUCAUGACACAUAACAAGGUUCAUUAUUUACACAAAGAACACAGAUAAGCAAACACUAAUAACGAAUAAAGAAAAUAUCACUAUAGGGCAUAAAGAAAUAUAUUAGAAUCCGUGGCGCAAAUCAUUUCGAGAGGAAAUGGCACGGCAAGGGGUUUUUCAUUUAUUUAUAUAUGUAUUGAUGUUAAUCCGAGUAAUUUAGAUUUUUUUUUUUAAUAAAUAAUUUAAAUAGCUAUGUGUAGAUGAGUGAAACGGCGUAGAAACUAAUGAACGACUCACCGAACGAAAUAAAAUAAGGAAGGGAACGACUUGUUUGAUUUUUAAAAUAGUAUUACAAAUUGAAUAUGAAGCCUAAAAUCAAGUUAAGUUUUACAAUUUUAAGACUAUUUUUGUGGGGUGAGGAUGCAGUUCUUAUUACAAGUCCCUAAUAGAAGUGUCAGGUGCUCCAGAUUCUAUAAUAAUAACAAUAUUAAUCAUCAUCCUCAUCAUCAUCAUCAUCAUCAUCAUCAUCAUCAGUAUAAUCGGCCGUGAAGUGAACAUCACACAUUUCCGGGCUCUCUGUCCAAUAAAUAUGUUUCAGACCGUCCCUGACACUUCGUCUUACGUCAAGGUAAGACAACAUCGUCACUAUGAGCAGGAGGCACUGUCAGUGGUGAGUGAAGACCAGUCUCUGUUUGAGCCUCCUUACGCUGCUGCUGCACCCUUACCAAAGACAGAUAUGACUGCGUCUGGUGCGCAGGAUUACGGCCAACCACACAAGAUCAACCCUAUUCCUCCUCAGCAGGAGUGGAUCAACCAACCUGUCAGAGUUAAUGUCAAACGAGAAUAUGACCACCUCAAUGGAUCCAGCCGAGAGUCCCCAGUGGACUGUAGUGUGGGUAAAUGCAAUAAGAUGGUGGGUGGGACUGACGCAUCUCAGAUGAGCUAUACUGGUUACAUGGAUGAGAAGAAUGCACCACCCCCAAACAUGACAACCAAUGAAAGGAGAGUUAUUGUCCCAGCAGACCCUUCUCUCUGGUCUCCAGACCACGUUCAUCAAUGGUUAGACUGGGCUAUUAAGGAGUAUGGUCUUCAAGAGAUCGACACAGCUAUGUUCCAUAACACAGAUGGAAAAGAACUUUGCAAAAUGAGCAAAGAGGACUUCUUGAGACUUACCAGCGUUUAUAACGCGGAGGUUCUGCUCUCACAUCUCAAUUACCUCAGGGAAAGCAGCUCAUCAAUAUCGUACAACACACCAUCUCAUACUGACCAGUCUCCUCGCCUGACAGCCAAGGAAGAGGCAACUUAUGAUGCUGUGCGAAGGGCAGGCUGGUCAAACAUGCACAGUGGAAAAGGCUCACCGACAGUGGUCUCUCAGAACGUGUCCAAGAGCACUGAGCAGGCUCGGCCUCAGCCAGACCCUUACCAGAUAUUGGGACCCACUAGCAGUAAACUCUGCAAUCCAGGUUCAGGUCAGAUCCAGCUGUGGCAGUUCUUGCUAGAACUUCUCUCUGACUGUGCCAAUGCUGGCUGCAUCACCUGGGAGGGGACCAAUGGAGAGUUCAAGAUGACAGAUCCCGAUGAAGUAGCGCGUCGCUGGGGGGAACGCAAGAGCAAGCCCAACAUGAACUAUGACAAACUAAGCCGCGCCCUUCGCUACUACUAUGACAAAAACAUCAUGACCAAAGUACACGGCAAACGUUAUGCCUAUAAGUUUGACUUUUAUGGCAUUGCUCGGGCAUUGCAGCCCCCACAACCCGAGUCUACCAUAUACAAGUACCCAACCGACCCGCAAUAUGUACCUAGCUACCACGCCCACCAGCAGAAGGUCAACUUUGUUUCACCACAUCCACCCUCCAUGCCUGUCACAUCCUCCAAUUUCUUUGGCCACACCACCCCAUACUGGAGCUCUCCAACAGGGGGGAUUUAUCCUAAUCCAAGCGUUCCGCGUCAUUCCAAUUCUCAUGUGCCUUCCCAUCUUGGCAGUUACUACUAAUGCCCUUCACCUCUCACCCUGCUCCACACAUGCCAAAACUUGAACUGCACUUGAAGGGAAGACAAAGGGACCUAGAUAAGGAAGAAAAGGAAAGCUGGAAAGGGAUUUAUUUUUUCUUCGAAGAGGCUGGAGAAAAUUUGUACAAUGAUGGAAAUGUUGGAAGAAGCUGGAAAGAUAGAGAAAGUAAGCAGAGAGAAGAAAAAUAGACCAAAAAUGGCUGAUCCUCUUCAAAAUGGAGUACUACUUAUUCAAAGGACAAGUGGCAUCUUGUUUGAUGUUUGUUUUGGAGAGUGUGUGUGUUUCAAAAUGUCCUAGUGCCUUUCUACACCCAAAAGCUGCACCGAUAGGUGAAAGACCCCUUCUACAAAUGAAAGACCACAGUUAUUAAGUCGGUGAAUGAUUGAAAAAAAUCACUGUAUACUCUCCCUGUGUGUUGAUGCAAUUGUGAACUGAGUGUUUAUGUUAGACCUAGUCCAUCCUUCUCUUUGGAUUUUGUCUAAACCCACCUUGGUAAAAUAAAUUGAUCUUAAUAAGUUGUAACUGAAACUUUCCUCACUAAACAAAUCUGGCAACUGGAAAAAUGCUGGCACUCACCCAUCAUUUAUUCUCCAAACUGGAGGAUGAGGUGGUUGAUUGUUAUAAGGAGCUUCUCAGGCUAGCUGGCUCAAGCUAAACUUACAUAAACACCUUUAGAUUUCUUCUGUGCUGAUGAACAAUAUGGUGUUGAUGUGAAAGCUCUGUAAAUGAAGAUGAAUUCAAACCACUCUUACAUUUCUAAUGCAGGUUUAACUUGCUGAAAACGAAUGCUUACUUUCCUGCUUUGGGGGUUAAAUUCCUGUUUGUGGCCCCAUCAUUGGCCAGGACAUUUUUUUAUUUAAUUUCAUCUCAAAUAGCCAAUCUAAAGCCAUGUGUCAUUUUAGUUCAUAUGUAAUUUAAAUACAUUCCUUUGUCUUAAAACAUCUUAGAUUACUGAACAAUUGAAUGUGGGCAUCAUGCAAAGUACCUCUUUGAAAGGAAGAAAAAAAACAUAUAAGUAAACUGUAAACAGCUAAAACAGCAACACAAAUCGUUGAAACCAGUGAUUCGCGAACGCUGUGCGUUUGUCAGACCUAUUUGCUAGUAUUAUUUUGAUCAAGGGUCAACUAGGCAUUAAAAGCAUCUUACUGUAUAAAUUAUGCAGAGCUAUUUUCAUAUGUGACAGUGUUAAAAAUCAUAUGUUAAUACGAGUUGACCUCGGUCAAAUUUUUUUUUUAUCAGUUACUGAAGGUAGUUUUUACUACGUAGGUAUUUUGUAUCUGUACAUAUGGGGAAUAAGUUUAUGAAUGUUUUCUUGUAUUUUUCAGAAAACAUUUUUCUAAAGUCCUUAGUGCAUUGCCAUGACAAUAAAAAGUUAUUUUGAUAUAUAUAUUUGUAUUCCUUAAAAGCAAAUGCCUUACCAAAACAUGCUAAGAAACAAGCUGUUUUACAUAAAUCAUGGUUUUCCAAAGUGCUAAAAACAAUCCUUGUUAUGACAAAUGCCUUAAAGCCAACCUUUGUGUGUGCCUAAACUUGAUUGGACAGUGUUAGUUCCAUGAAAGCAUUUCACCUUUGUGUACUUUGUAGCAUUAAGGCAAACAAUGAUUGAACAUUCCCACCAAAGGAUUUCUGUAAGGGAUCACUCAUGGAUAUGAAGGAAUUUUGCUAUUUUAUAUAUGCAUUGUAUUUUGGAUAUUAAAUAUAUGACUAUAUAAAAAUAUAUGAAAUAUUGCAAUUAAUCUUUUUUGUUAAUUUAGUUUUUUCUGCAAUGUAUUAAGUAUUACCUUUUGUAAAAGGGUUUGUUGUAUAGGUAAAAUGUGACUAAAUAAAUGUUUUUACAUUAAAAAUAACUGUUCAUAUAAUUUUUAAUUUUUUUUAUC